CACUGUGUGUUUUUGUUUGUUUUGUUUGGUGGGGAAAUAGUAUCUGUGGUUGCAGAGCAGAAUGAUCCUUUAGCAGAAACCAAAAACGCUAUGCAAAUGAAUUCUUCCCAGCGUAAGCGUUACCGCGGCCGGGAUAGGUAUUUGCAAAUGACUCCAUAUCAGAGGGAAGCCUAUCUGCAAAGGAAUCGUGAGUAUAAAAGAAUGCGGCGUGAGUGCAGUGCAAGUUGUAACAACACACAACCAGCACCACAACAGAAAAUUUGAGAGCUACUAAUAAUAACCAAUACAUGACAGGAGAGGAAGUCAUGGCCAUUUCAAACUAUGAGAGGCACGAUUCAGUUUUUACUCAGCUAGGGUCUUCAUCAAAAGGCAAGCAAGUGGCAGAAAAUGGUGGUUCUGAGACAAGCCGUCCAAAAGCUGGAACUCGGUUCACUAUCAGUCCAUCUGGCAUAUAUUUAUCAUCAAUAUCCUCGGAAGAACAAGCUGCAAAAUAUGAAUUGAAAAAUGUAGGUCAGCGUAAGCGGCAACAUUGCACCAAUGUGUACUCACAACUGUCACAUGACCAGGAAGAAACACACGUACAAGAGAUUUGUGGCCCUAAUAAAAGAAAGAGGUCAGAAAAAGAAAGUUGUAGUACCGCACGGGAUCCUGGUAGAAAUACCAACAACUUGCAUGAAGACAUCAUUUAUGUGCCCCAGGAUUAUUUUCCUGUCGUUCAUGAUUAUCUGGCAAAUAUCAAAGACAACAUUGAGUGCGAUGAAGUGGACGAUGAAAGUCUUAUGUAUAAUGGACCAGGUCUUGACUUUGAAUCAUAUCAAGAACCAAAGCAUGUUACAAAAUGUAUACAAGCAGACCCAUAUGAUCGUAUAUAUCAUAAUGUGCCCAGUGGUCAUCAUUUUCUAGAGCGAGUGCCCAACUGUAGACAUUGUAAUGCAAAAAGGUUCCAAUAUGAGACACCAACUUUUUGUUGCAUGAAUGGAAAGGUGAAGAUAGUAACCCCAGUGGUUCCUGACGAUUUGCGUCAGCUCUACACGAGUCAGGAUCCAAAUGCAAAAUACUUCCAAGAUCAUAUACGGUACUUCAAUUCUCAUUUCUCUUUUACCUCUCUUGGUGUCAUCUUGGACCAAAGGUUCUGCAAUAGGAGGUCUGCAGUUUACACCUUCCGCGCAUAGGGCCAAAUUUAUCACCGUAUUGACCAGUUGGUUCCAAAAGAAGAUGGCCCCAAGCAUUUACAGUUAUACUUCUAUGACACGGAUGCAGAUUUGCAACAAAGAUUUCUUCACUCGCCUAACUUAAACCAAAUUCUCAUCCGGAAGUUAGUAAAUAUACUUCCGGUGGUGAGGCAUGGCACUAGAGCACAAAUUACAGAUGCUACACUAAAAAAGUCUUAUCUUUGGCCAGACAUAAGACAUAUCAAACUAUGGCGCAAUAUGAGGGCAUUGUUUGAUCCAUGGUUCUCUGAUUUUCUCCUUAGAAUUGGUAAUGGUACAGAGGAAUCAAUUGGUCAAGAAUACGUGCGCCUGCCUGAAGAAAUUGUUAUA